AUGCUUCCAAGAUGGCUUUCUGAUAAAACAAACGAAAUUUCAAAAUCAGGAACUCUUGUAGUUUCAAACUGUUAUUCGUUUGAUGUGACUGCAUUUAGAUUACCAAUGUUUUCUAUCUAUUUAAGCCAAAUCAAAACAAUAGAUUUAAGCGGAACUUGCAUUUUCAGCUUAGAUGGGUUUCCAAAAAUGCGCUCUUUAUCUACAUUCAUUGCAAACAAUUCACAAAUUUCUUCGUUUAAAAAUUUUUCAAUUCUAAGAGGUAUAUCAUCGAUAUAUCUUAAAAAUACGCCUGUGUCAGCAUCGAAAAAUUACGGAUUAUGCGUUAGCAUAAUGCUUCUCCCCGAAUUACGUUCAAUGGAUGGAAAAGUCAUUGCAGAUAGAAAUAAAGCUAAAGCGUCAUCGAUAGAUCCACAUGUUAGCUUACUGCUUGAUAAAGGUUGGGAUAUGCCUUAUCCUAUUCCAAGUAUUAUGACAAUCAUGAAUGAAUGCGAAAAAUAUGGAAUUCCAUUUGACGAGAAAGAUGAAGAAGGACAAUAUAAUACCUAUAGCGAUGAUGAAUUUGAUGUCUCUCAAAAUGAAUCAAACUCUUCUGAUCAUAUUGUUCAUGUAUCUGAAAAUGACAAGAAACUGGCAAGAGGCCUUGCUGAAAUAUUCAAUAGCUAUGGCGAAAAUAUAAAUCCUAGUGAUUAUAACACAUUAUACCAGCGCCUUGCUGACAUUGUUUUACAAAUGUAA